GCCCGGCCGCGCCCCCCGGGCCCGCGGCGCUGCCCGCGGCCCCCGGCGCGCCCCCGGCCCUGCCCUCACCGGCGGCGAGCGUCGGGGCGGCACCGGCACCGACGGCGGCGCCGGGGCCACCGACAGCGUCGGCGGGCGGAGGAAGCGGCGCGGGCGGUGGCGGGGCCGGUCCCGGCUCGGCCCGCGAGGGUUGGCUCUUCAAGUGGACCAACUACAUCAAGGGAUACCAGCGCCGCUGGUUCGUGCUCAGCAAUGGGCUGCUCAGCUACUACCGAUCCAAGGCGGAGAUGGGCCACACGUGCCGCGGCACCAUCAACCUGGCCACGGCCAACAUCACCGUGGAGGAUUCCUGCAAUUUCAUCAUCUCGAACGGCGGAGCCCAGACCUACCACCUCAAGGCCAGCUCCGAGGUGGAGCGGCAGCGCUGGGUCACCGCCCUGGAGCUCGCCAAGGCCAAGGCUGUCAAGAUGCUGGAGGAAUCAGACGACUCCGGCGAUGAGUCAGUGUCGCAGACGGACAAGACGGAGCUGCAGAAUACCCUGCGGAUUUUAUCCAGCAAAGUGGAGGACCUGAGCACCUGCAACGACCUGAUUGCCAAGCACGGCACAGCCCUGCAGCGCUCCCUCAGCGAGCUCGAGGCCCUGCGGCUCCCUCCCGACAGCACGGACAAGAUCAAGCAGGUCAACGAGCGGGCCACGCUCUUCCGCAUCACCUCCAACGCCAUGAUCAACGCCUGCCGGGAUUUCAUGCUCCUGGCACAAACUCACGGGAAGAAGUGGCAGAAGUCGCUGCAGCAGGAGCGGGAUCAGCGGAUCCGGCUGGAGGAGACGUUGGAGCAGCUAGCCAAGCAGCACAACCACCUGGAAAGGGCUUUCCGGGGGGCCACGGUGCUCCCCGCCAGCACGUCCGGCAGUGGAGGCUCUGGCAAAGAUCUGUGCUGCCCUGCCAAAGGUGACCUGAGUGAUGAAGAUGAUGACAACAAUGAGUUCUUUGAUGCCCCAGAGAUCUUCCCCAUGCCCGACAUGAUGGGCCACAAGAGAACUGGGAGCAACAUCAGUGGCACCAGCAGUGACAUCAGCCUGGAUGAGCAGUACAAGCACCAGGUUGAGGACACCAAGAAGGAGAAGAGAACCCGCAUUCCCUACAAACCCAACUACAGCCUCAACCUCUGGAGCAUCAUGAAGAACUGCAUCGGGAAGGAGCUCUCCAAGAUUCCCAUGCCAGUGAAUUUCAACGAGCCGCUGUCCAUGCUGCAGCGGCUGACGGAGGACCUGGAAUACCACGAGCUCCUGGAUCAGGCGGCGCGGUGCGAGAGCUCCCUGGAGCAGCUAUGCUACGUGGCCGCUUUCACCGUGUCCUCCUACUCCACCACCGUCUUCCGCACCAGCAAACCCUUCAACCCGCUCCUGGGGGAAACCUUCGAGCUGGAUCGCCUGGAGGAGAACGGAUACCGCUCCCUCUGCGAGCAGGUGAGCCACCACCCGCCGGCCGCCGCCCACCACGCCGACUCCAAGAACGGCUGGACGCUGCGCCAGGAAAUCAAAAUCACCAGCAAAUUCCGAGGGAAAUACCUCUCCAUCAUGCCUCUGGGUACCAUCCAUUGCGUCUUCCACUCCUCCGGCAACCACUACACGUGGAAAAAGGUGACGACCACCGUGCACAACAUCAUCGUGGGGAAGCUCUGGAUAGACCAGUCAGGUGAGAUCGAGAUUGUCAACCACAAGACAGGGGAUAAGUGCAUCCUCAAGUUCGUCCCUUACAGCUACUUCUCCCGAGAUGUGGCAAGGAAGGUGACCGGGGAGGUGAUGGACCCCUCAGGAAAGGUGCAUUUUGUCCUGCUGGGUACGUGGGAUGAGAAGAUGGAUUGCUACAAGGUCCAGCUGGGAACAGGGGACAACGGAGCCGAGGCGCGGCCACGAGCCCACGACGCCGAGGACAGCCGGGUGCUGCUGUGGAAGCGGAACCCGCUCCCGAAGCACGCAGAGAACAUGUACUACUUCUCGGAGCUGGCGCUGACCCUGAACGCGCCGGAGAACGGGACGGCCCCCACGGACAGCCGGUGGCGCCCGGACCAGCGCCUCAUGGAGAACGGCAGGUGGGACGAGGCCAACGUGGAGAAGCAGCGGCUGGAGGAGAAACAGCGGCUCUCCCGCAAGCGCCGCGAGGCCGAGGCCGCCCGCGCCACGGAGGACGGGACACCCUACGAUCCCUACAAACCGCUGUGGUUCGAGCGGAAGAAGGACCCGGUGACCCAGGAGCUGGCGCACGUCUACAAGGGGGGCUACUGGGAGAGCAAGGAGAAGCAGGACUGGAGCUUGUGCCCGGAUAUUUUCUGAGCCCAGCGAAGAGGAGGAGGAGGAGUGGCGGGGGGGAGGGAUGAAGGCCAGGACCCCCCCCGUCCAUCCGUCUGUCUUAACCGUGUGUCCCCGCGCCUCGCCGUGAGUGCCGGCCGGGCUUUGCCUUAGCCCACCCAAACUGACCUUGGGGAGCAGGAGCCAACACAGCCCCCCCCACCCAAAAUCCAUGCUGGAGCAGGAAGGGGGGUCCAUUUGUCCCACCCGCCUCCUCAGCACCCUGCGGUGGGGGGCACAGCCACCCCUGGGGUGGGGGCCCCGGGGAAGGUGCAGCGGGGCGAGCCCGAGGCUGGCCUUGGUCUCCCCCCUUCCCCUUUUAUUCCCGUUCCCCUUCGCCCCCAGGAGUUCGGGUGCUUUUGGGGUCCGGGGGGGGCCAGGCUCCCCCCCAGCCUGUUCUAUAGGUGUAUAUUAUAUAUAUGUAGAGAGCAAUCGAGGUCCCCUUCUCCCCCACAGCCCCCGGUUUGGGGAGUCCCCACCCUCCCCGGGGUGGCCCCCACACCUGGGGACCCCCCCAUGAGGUGCCUUCCCUGUAGGUUUAGGGCAGGGGGAGGGCCUGGGUUUUGGGGGGGUCUCUCUAGGGUGCAGUGGGACCCCUGCACCCCCAGACACUACAGGGGGGGGAGAUGCGCCAUGGGGGGAAUCUCUGCACCCCCGAACCUGAAAUUGGGGGCGUUUGAUGCCUUUUUAUUUUUUCUUUUUUUGGGUUGUUUUUUUUUUGUCUCUGGAAAAAUAACUAAAUUAAAAUCUGUGAAUG